AUGGACGGAGAGAAGAAGGAUGGCGGCACCGCCAAGUACCGCGGCGUGCGGACGCGUCCGUGGGGCAAGUUUGCGGCGGAGAUCCGCGACCCGGAGCGCGGCGGGGGGCGCGUCUGGCUCGGCACGUUCGACACGGCCGAGGAGGCGGCGCGGGCCUACGACCGCGCCGCAUUCGCCCAGAGAGGCGCCACCGCCGUGCUCAACUUCCCCCGCGAGGCCGGCUCCGGCUCCGGCUCGUCGUCGUCCGCUCCGGCGGGCGCCGGCAGGGGGAGGGGCCGCGCGGACACCGGCAAGAUCGAGCUCGAGUGCCUCGACGACAGCGUUCUGGACGAGCUCCUUGACGAAGACAAGUAUGGUGGUAAAUGA